AUGGCAGCAAACGACGAUAAUCCAUCCUAUCCGACCGAAAGCAUCGUCUCGAGCAAAGGGCGCAAGCAUUACCGCGUCCCCGUACGAUCACAACACUGGCAGCUACGGUCCCUCAUCAGCGCAGAGAAACGGCACAUUGUCUACUUCCCUGGCGGCAGCGGGAGCAAUCAUGUCCAGCGCCUCAAUACGCUGACCCGGGAGUGCGAGACCCUCAAGCUCCUGACUUUUGCGCCGCGCUGCUUGGUCGCCGAGAACGGCUGGCUUUGCUGCGGCAGCGAGACGGGCGAAUUUGUCGCCAUCCACCUCGAAGAGAGCAACGACGACAACCAGUCCGGGCUGGGCUUCGAGCUCGACGCCGAGACCCGACAACAGCUGGGCCUCGAUGGAUUGCGCGAUGACCCCCUGCUCUCCCUCCUCGCCCAAGCCCGCAGGUCGAACAAGAGUUUGAUCGCCAAGAGUAUGAAGCUGGCCAAGGACCGUGUCAACUGCGUCACCCUCUGGUUCCCCCCGGCCAUCCUGACUCCGUCGCCAGAGGCCUACACCGAAGGCGUCGCCGUCUUGGCCAACAACGACCGCACGGUCGUCCUCGUCAGCCUCAGGGACUUUGAGCGCAGCGACAAGACUGAGCCGCUCGACGUGGUCACGUAUCCCGACUUUGUCAACAGAGCCAUAAUCUCUCCCGAUGGGCAGCUGCUCAUCGCCAUACUGGACGACCCGUAUCUAUAUGUCCACGUCCGUGCAGCACGCUCGGAGGAGUCGCCAUCCUCGCCUUCGGCCGCAGACAGCGCUGGCGACAGCAAAUACCAGUGGGAGUUGAAGCAGAGAUUCUUGCUCAAAAGCCAGCGAAAGGACGAUCGCUCAGACAGCCGCGGAAGCUUCGCUGCGUGCUUCUCCUCGUCCGGUGCCUACCUGGCAGUCGGAACCCAACACGGCACCAUCUCCAUAUUCGACACGACCCGUCUCACCGUCUACGGGGCAGAUCCUCUCAUCACCACCUUCAAGUCUUCGCGACCGGAAAGCGGCCCCGGCGCCGUUCGGGACAUGGCCUUUUGCCCCGGCCCAUUUGAUAUCCUCGCGUGGACAGAGGAUCGCGGACACGUGGGCUUCGCUGACAUGCGAAGCAACUUUAUCACCCGCCAGAUUGUGGAUAUAAAUGUCGAAGGCCACUUUGAGCAUAUCGACAUUCUCGAUCGCAACACCAUUGACCCACGGCUGCUGCAUAGUCAGGCUGAACGACGGGGCAACCGAUCUCCCUCCACGGCCACUGCUCGACGGCGGCAUGGAGAUGGGCUGGAUACGCUUAAUCAGCCGCUGACAGCCAACGAAACCCUGGUUCUGGAAGCGAUUCAGGGCGACCGGCGCCGUCGAGAUAGAAUCACCCAGCGAAACAACGAGGCGGGGGCCCGGCCGGCGGAUUUGACCUGGACGUACCUAUCGAACCUUCGGCCGUCUGCCAACGACAGUGAUUCCUCGCGGCCGAGGGAGCGCAGCAGCAGCGUUGGCCGUGCCAUGAGCGACAUGCUAGGGUCGUACCGGGAUCAACGGGCGGAGCGUUUGCGCAGCACCCGCCAGUUCGUCCGGGAGGCGUCAGAGCAGCGACAGGCGCUUCGCCGUCCCGAGCAGAGCCUGGUCGACAGGAUUGGAGAGGCGGUGGCGGCCGUGCGCGACCAGCGCGACCGGCCAGACCCGUCGUACCUGAACGUGCUUGAGAUUCUGCAGGCCAGGGAGCGCUCUGGAGACGAGCACGACGAUUCGGCGCUGCUGGUGCCGCUGGUCAACCAGGCAAUGAAUCGAUGGGAGGAGAGCGCGAUUAGGGGCACGCUGGCUGCCGAUCACGGUGUGUUUGAGGUGCCUCCGUCGCCGGAUAACACCGCUGGCCUGGCCUGGACCUCUGACGGACGGACAUUGUUCAUCGGUGCUCAGAACGGCAUCUACCAAGUACAGAUCAACGUCCAGAGUCGCAAGUUCUGUCCGAGCAUCACGAUGAGCUGA